AUGGAAGAUGCACUUAGAUCUGGCUUUUCAUCAACGGGCUUUCAAGUUCUAUUCAAAAAAAUAUGUAACCUUGCUGCUGAAGAAAUAAAGCUGAUUUUAGGGGUUAAUGAUGGGUUCAGAAAAUUUCAAAGAAUUCUCCUGAGAAUGCAAGCCUUGCUUGAUUAUGUGGAUGAUGGUCGCGUGAUAUUCCCCAACAAGAAAUGCAAAGAGGCUUGGAAGAUGUGGCUUGUAGAUCUCAACAUACUUUGCUAUGAUGCAGAGGAUAUAGUUGAUAAGCUUUCUUUCCAACUUCCCAACUUCAAUGAUAACUUUUGGAAUGAAAAACAUGAAGAUUGGGAAAUUUUAAGUCUACAUUUUAGAUAUGGAGAACCAGGAAGUAGAGGUAUUGUCACCACUAGAAGCACUUUAGCUUUAUCAAUUGUUUGCACUGGCCUUGAAUAUAAUCUUCAACAUUUGUUUGAUGAGGAUUGUUGGGAAGUUAUGAAGCAAAUGGCUUUUCUAGAAUUGAACAUCCAGGUACCUGAGAAAUUGGAACAAAUAGGCAAGGAAAUAGCCAAAAAAUGUAAAGGGUUGCCAUUGGCAGCCAAAACUCUUGGGAGUUUCUUGCAUUCUAAAUGUGAUGAGAAGGACUGGUACUCAAUUUUGGAGAGUGCAUUCUGGGACUUGGAACAAGAUAAAAAUGGCAUCAUUCCGUUUCUUGCCCUCAGCUAUUAUCAUCUCCUUGCACAUUUAAAAAAAUAUUUUGCUUAUUGUUCCAUCUUCCUUCAAAACCAUGAGUUUGAAGUGGAUGACUUGAUCUUGCUAUGGAUAGUAGAGGGAUUUGUAGAGCCUAAUGGUGGAAGAAGACUAGAAGACAUUGGUAAAGAUUACUUCAAGGAUCUGUUGUGGAGGUCCCUCUUUCAAUGUUUGUUUGACAAUCCUAAUUCUCCCGAGAUAUGCAAAAUGCAUGAUCUUAUUCAUGGCAUGGCACAGUCAGUUUCUUCAAAUUUCUUUGAGCACCCAGAGUUUCUUGCAUAUCAUAGUUUACGAACCUUUAUAUUCUUUUGCAAAAGUGGGGUUGGAUUGCAAGAACUUAAUGAUGGCCCAUUACUAAAAUUUAGGUCAUUAAGAGUACUGGACUUGAGAAAGACUGGUCAUAAAAAGGUAUCAAUGUCAGUUGAUCACUUGAAGCAUUUGCGCUACAUGAACCUUUCUGAAAUAAAAUUUAGCGACUACCAGGGGGAAUUUACUCUCCGUGUAUUUAAGGUUGGAAAAGAUGAAGGAUGUAGCAUUCAGGAGUUAGGGAAUAUGAGGUUUCUCAGAGGAUCUCUUUGUAUCACGAAUCUUAAUUUUGUAGCAAAUGAAACACAAGCAAAGGAGGCAAACUUGAAAGAGAAGCCAUGCCUUGACAAACUUGAGUUAGAAUGGAGCAAAGAUAUUGCUAAUAGCAAUCAUCAAGCUGAAGUUCUUGAAGGCCUUGAACCUGAUAUGAAUCUAAAGGAGCUAGUCAUUACGAACUACUCAGGCAACAGGUUUCCUGGGAUGGGUAGACAAGCUCACCGAUGCUUUCAGAUCUUGAACAGUGUUCUCAUAGCACUUUAUCCAGGGGCUGAUGAAGAAAAAACUGAAGAAACAUGUGCUAUCUUAGACCAAUCCCGGCCAUUCGGAUACCCGCACUGUUCUAUAAUUCUUGGGCAGUCUUUGACGAUUAUUGUUUCAACUGAAGCUGGAAUUCCAUCAUCUGGUAAAGACUGCAACUCUGAACAUGCAAUAAUCUCCAAGUGUUUGAGGGAAUGCAGGAGUGAAAGAGAUGGAAGAGAUAUAAGUUUGGGGCACUGCUUGAAUCUGCACUCAAGAAGAUUUGGGAAGUCACCAUUCUCCAUACCAUCCCACACCUCUAGGUUCAAGAAGGUAUCAAGUUCUAACUUCUCUAAUUUUGGGAAUGCAUAA